AUGAAAUCCGUCUCAUCCGCCUCAUCCUCCCAAUCCGUCAGCCCUCGGCGGGCAAAGCACCUGGAACGAAACCGCGUCGCCGCCAACAAAUGCCGCGAAAGAAAGAAGAGGGAACAUAAGCAAAUCGAGCGUCGGCUCACCCACGAAACCGAAAAGAAAGACAUCCUCAUAGCACAGUUGAAUUGCCUACGAGAAGAACUGUGGGAUUUGAAAAACCUCGUUUUCCAGCACGCCGAGUGCCAAGACCACGAAAUCAACCACCAGCUCGCCAGGAUGACCCAGACCGUCCUGCAAACCCAUUCCAACCCGGAUGUCGGUCCUUCCUUGCCCACCGGCUCAUCGCCGACAUUCUCGACUGGGACGUGGUCCGAUGAGUCGGUCGCAGAUAACGCCAACCCUACCGGACCGGGCGCGUACAAUAACGAUUGGACAAUGUUGCCUGCAAUCCCGACCGAAUUUGCGCCGUACGAGCCGAAUGGCUUUACUGAUUCCAUGUUUGAGAACUUUAUCGAUACGGACAAUGGGUUUACUUGA